GUCAUUUACUUUGUUAGCUAAUUUCAGCUCGGAUCGUGUAGUCGGCGACUUUGACCAAGAAUUGUUCUGUCUUCGGAAUAUAUUAGAUUAGAAACAAUUCAGUCUUCGUUCACGAUAGAGAUUCAAUUUCAGACGCUUUUAUAAACGGGGCUCUCAAUUCCCAUGAUUCAAUGCGCCUGUUUUUGUAAUUCAGCUCCAUUUUCAUUGCCAUAAUUGCCUACAAGUUUGUUUUUUUCCUUCUGAUUGGAUUAUUCUUGUCAAAACCACGUACUAGAGCCCAAAUUAAAGCUCAAAAUAUUCUUCAUUUCUUCUCCCAAUGGACCUUAGCAUCUGCCCUUCUCCUUCUUUUAUCAUUUCAUGUUUUCCAGCUGAAAAGGCAAGGGAGUUGUGCUGCUCAGCUACUUCAGCAGUUAUUAGUAAACUGUUCUAUGCAAUCUUCAUCUUUAUAUUUGCAGUGGUUGGAGCAACUUUAGGAGCCCUGACUGGAGCUUUUGUUGGGGCAAAAACGAAGAUCGGUUGUCUUCAUGGAGCCACGGUUGGAGCCAUAAAGGGCAGUUUUUUCUCCAUCAAGUUCUUUAAAAUUUCACUUAUAGUUUAUAGUUCCGAUGAUAUGGCGACGAGGUUUCUCCAACAACCGAUAAAUGCAUUUGACUCUACAUUCAACGAAGUGGCCUGGAAUGACGGGUUGUCAAAGGGUUCAAUAGAAAAAAUUCCAAAGAUCAGAAUCACAGAAGAAAACGUAUGGGAUUCAUCCAGGAACAGAAUCUCUUGUUCGAUUUGCCUUCAGGACUUCUUACAUGGGGAAAUAGUUCAUAGCUUGCCACACUGUCACCAUAUGUUUCACAUAUCGUGCAUUCAGAAAUGGCUAAUAGGGCAUAAAACUUGCCCUUUAUGCAGGAGACAUUUUUGACACUCAAAGUGGAAUUAGAAGCAUUCGCCAUUGACAAAGUCCAUCCAUGUCUUACAAGCUCGACAACAAAGUUCUACCCAAAGGAGCCACAAAACGACACCGGAAUUAUCCUACGAAUUUCCAAUUUUGUACAUACAGAUACAGUAACCAUAUCUCCUAGUUACUAUAGUUUUUUUUUUUUUUGGGGGUAUUAUGCCAAUUUAUUUAUUAUAUUUAAACUUUUAAACCAUACGGUGUUAUUUGAGAGAAAUCCCUAUUCUUUUCA